CGGAAGUACACGUCUCCUCUAGGGUGAAUAACAAUCGCGUCAACACUUGUGCAGAGGACUUUUAAAAAAUCAAAUAUGGCAUCCUCUGCAUUGUUGGUAAUGCUGGUACUUCAGUUUGGAUUUGGACAGGCCUCUCAAAAACAUCUCCAUGAAGAUCAUUAUAAUGGUCAGCAGCACAACCCUGAACAUGACUUGGACAUCCUGCUGGGAGAUGAGGACACAGAGGAGAUAAAGACACUUAGUCCGGCAGAACAGAAGAAAAAGAUGAUGGAAAUUGUCAAGCGGAUUGAUACAAAUGCUGACAAUCUGCUAAAUGCGGGUAAGUCUCUCUCAACAUUUAAAAAGAAAGCAAAUACAAAGAUGAGAGGUCAUACUCGGUCUGCUGUGUUUUUGUCAACAGAGGAGAUCACGCUGUGGAUUCAGCACGUCUACAGAAAAUAUGCUCUGGACGACACAAAGGAGCGGUUCUCUGAGUUCGACACGGACAAAGAUGGUGUUGUAACAUGGGAGGAAUACAACAUGGUCGCUUAUGACCAGCUUAUUAGUUUUGAUGAUGACGCUGUUCUGGAGGAUCCAGAGAAAGAGUCCCUCAGAGACCUCCACCUGAAGGAGAGGAGACGCUUUGACUUUGCUGAUGUGGACGGCUCAUCCGGGCUUAAUGUGACAGAGUUUCUUGCCUUCACCCACCCGUCUGAAGUGGAUCACAUGGCCGAUUUUGCCAUUGAAGAUGUGUUAAACGAAUAUGACACCGAUAAAGAUGGAUUCAUCAAUCUGAAUGAAUUUAUUGGAGAUGUUCGUGGUGAGGAGGAUUCCCCUUCACAGUGGGAGAUUGAAGAAACAGUGCGGUUUGAAGACCUCUAUGAUCAAGAUAAGGAUGGCAAGUUGAAUCGAGACGAGCAGCUCCGCUGGGUCGCCCCCAAUAGCUACGGCUCGGCAAGAGAAGAGGCUCUUCACCUCAUGAAGGAAAUGGACCAAGAUGGAGACGGGCAGAUCUCAGAGGGUGAAGUCUUGAAAAAUCAAGAAACAUUCAUGAACAGUGAAGUGACAGACUAUGGCCGACAGCUGCAUGCGUCACAUGAUGAACUAUAACUAUACUUCAUGUUCUUGUUUUCUCAUUUGUUUCCAUGAAGACGUAAUGUUGUUUAUUACCUUGUACUUCGACAUUAGUCACGGGAUUUACGUCAUGGUUGAUCUUAUCCGUCAACAAGCGUUUGCAGUAUUGAAUGACUUGGACAAAAUAACAUGAAAAGACAAAUGACAACACCAGCAUAACACAGCACAGGGUUCCAGCCCUGCCUGGAGAACUGAGAGAAAAAGUCAAAUGUCCUGCAAAAAUGUUUCAACAUUCUCCUAUUUCCCUUUAGCUGACAAUGAACUACUACUCUAUCUAUCAGAGCUCCCCAAAACGGAUAACAUUGCCAUCUGAAGGGGUUAAAUUAUGUUCAGGAUCAUGUCAACGGUUAAAUGGUAGUUUAUGCAAUACGCUAGUAAUAUGAUUGUGUCACUUUUUAAGGACAAUAAAUUGACACGUGCCAAAAGUGAACUGACACAAGUAUCAGUCCAGUUGUGUUAAACACUGACAUGUUGCAGCUCUUCCUCAUUUAAAUAAAAAAGAGUAAGUGAGUGAGUGUUGCUGUUAGAGGGCUGUUUCCUGAAUGUGUCAUGAUCCGUUUCACUUGCAUCAAGCAACAGCCUGGUACACUGCUGGGUAUUAUAAAGUGACUUAAAGUUGGGUGGAUUCAUCAACAGGGACUAUUUUUUAACCACUGGCAAGAUGUCGUUACUAUUUAAAGAUGCUUUCUGGGUGAGUUAGUGUGAUGCUACUAAUCCAAACUUUGUUCUGUUGUGUUGUGUUCACCGGAGUUUUGAGGUAAUUUAUGUUGUGUACCUUUCCACUUCUUCUGUAUUUGUGCUUCUCAUUUUGUCUGGACAGUAUCCAUGCUACCAUUCACUAGUAAUGUAUUAAGUUAGUCUUUGACUACAGUUAGCUUAACACUUUGUCUUUAGACUUCUGAUCUGCUUUGAUUUCUUUCCUUUUUCUCAUUUUGAAACCCACUGAACAGGUACUGAAUUGUUGCUCGGAUUAAAACAUUAACAUUUU